AUGGCCUACAUGUACGCAGAGGAGCUGAUCAAGACCGCCAAGUACAUUGCCACACCCGGCAAGGGCAUCCUCGCGGCCGACGAGUCGACCGGCACCAUCGGCAAGCGCCUCUCGAGCAUCAACGUGGAGAACAUCGAAUCCAACCGCCAGGCCCUUCGCGAGCUCCUCUUCACGUCCCCCUCGGCCCUCUCCUUCCUCUCGGGGGCCAUCCUCUUCGAGGAGACCCUCUACCAAAAGACCUCCGAUGGCAAGCCCUUUGUCGACGUCCUCGUCGAAAAUGGGGUCGUCCCGGGCAUCAAGGUCGACAAGGGCACCAUCGACAUUGCCGGCACCAACGGUGGGACCACCACCCAAGGGCUCGACUCCCUCGGGGCACGUUGCGCCGAGUACUACAAGGCGGGGGCCCGGUUCGCCAAGUGGCGGGCCGUCCUCAAGAUCGGGCUCACCGAGCCGUCCGAGCUGAGCAUCCAGCAGAACGCGCAGGGCCUGGCCCGCUACGCCGUCAUCUGCCAAGAGAACGGGCUCGUCCCGAUUGUUGAGCCCGAGAUUCUGACUGACGGGAGCCACGAUAUUGAAGCAUGUGCCGCAGCUACCGAGACGGUGCUGGCCGCGGUCUACAAGGCGCUCAACGAUCAUCACGUGCUUCUCGAGGGGACGCUAUUGAAGCCUAAUAUGGUUACCCCUGGCUCUGACUCCCCUAAGGUUGCUCCAGAAGUGAUUGCAGAGUACACGGUGACGGCUCUAAGGCGGACUGUGCCGCCAGCCGUGCCGGGAGUCGUGUUCUUGUCGGGCGGACAAAGCGAGGAAGAGGCCACGGUCAACCUUAACGCGAUGAACAAGUUGGACGUGCUUAAGCCGUGGACCCUCUCCUUCUCGUUCGGGCGGGCCCUACAGCAGAGCACGCUCAAGAUAUGGGCAGGGAAAAAGGAGAACGUGAAGAAAGCCCAAGAGGCCUUCUUGGCUAGGUGCAAGGCCAAUUCAGAGGCCACGCUCGGGAAGUACACAGGUGGGGCUGGUGGCGAUCUGGCCGCUCAGAGUUUGUAUGAGAAAGGGUAUAAAUAUUAA